AUGUUUUCAGACUCUUCCCUUGACUUCUCUCAUCCACACUAUACUGAACUGACAUUUUGUUUAAUAAUUUAUAUUUAUAUAAUAUUAAUAAUGUCUAACCACCGCAAUCUGAAGGAUUUAUUUCCUACCAAACUUAAUUUUAUUAAGCCAAAAGCUGUAAGAUACGACCCCAAUCAUCAUUAGGAAUUGAAGGAAGAACGGCCAAAGCAGACCAACAAAUCCCCUUUAGGAUUAAGUCAAUUUACUAGUUUUUUCUAAAUUGCUCAAAAGACUGCCAAAAAUAGACAAACACCCUCCUCUCAAAGAAGUGCAACGCCUUCUAAAGUCAAAAUCAUAUAACUGAACAUGCAAAAAUAAGAUUAAUCGCAAAUGAAGAUUUAGUCAAAGCAUUCCAGGAAUUAAAGUGCCACCAACAUCAACAGCAGUAGAAACAAUUCAUUUCACAAAGAGAAGUAGCACUAUUUAUUUUAAACCCCAAGUUCUCGUAGUCCUGUCUACGUAUUGUCCAAACUUAUGUCAUAACACCAUUAGUAAGAUUCCUAAAUAUAAAUUCAUAAUCAAUCCAAAGAUUAAUCUCCCGCUAAACCAGCAAUAUUUGAUAAUCUGGAUAUUAUUAAUAGAAACACAGUUCGGAAGAAUUCCAAAUCCCCAAAUACUACUGCAUAAAAAGUAUCUCCGUUUGUGUAUCCAAAAUUUUCAAGUGUCCAUCAAAUUAAACCCCAAGAUAAUUUGUUCAAGCAAUAGGACAGUUUAGUUAAGGAAAAUAAGCCGAUUGAGAAGGAAUCUCAACAUAUAAACGAAACACCUUAGAUCCACAUUAAAUAGUAGGAAUUCUAAGUACCUAGUUAAUUUAAAUACUCUAAAGGCUUUGAAAACCUAUUCAACUCAAUGAUGAAUUUGUAACACAACUCUAGAUACGAGAAUUCUAAGAGCGUGGUUAAACAGCAGGAAAGACAAGAGUCAAGUGAUGACAAUGAAGAAACCUUAGUGGUAGACUGCAACAUACAAGUCAGCAAGAACAACUUUCAAUUUCAUUAUGUGAUUGGGAAGGGGGGAUUUGGAAAGGUUUGGAAGGUUGAAAUAAAGAAAUCGAGACAAUUGUAUGCUAUGAAGGAGAUGUCAAAGGCAAAAGUAAUAGCCAAAAGAAGUGUAAAUUCAGUAAUGAAUGAAAGAAAUCUAUUGGCCUAAUUUAAACAUCCCUUUUUGAUCAACAUGAAUUAUUGUUUUCAAGAUAGAGAUAACCUAUAUUUGGUGAUGGAUUUAUUGACUGGAGGAGACCUAAGAUAUCACAUUGGAAAAAUGAGAAGGUUUAAGGAACAUCAAACCAAAUUCUUUGUAGCUUGUGUUCUGUUGUCAUUGGAGUACCUGCACAACAACAACAUCAUUCAUCGAGAUCUUAAACCAGAAAAUUUGGUUCUGGACAAAUAUGGUUAUGUCAGACUAACAGAUCUAGGGAUUGCCAGGAUCUGGAAACCUGAGAAUUCACAAGACACAAGUGGUACUCCAGGAUACAUGGGUAUCGUUAUAUAUCAAUAUCUGUAGCUCCUGAAGUGAUGUGCAGGUAGAAUCACACGAUAGCUGUAGAUUACUUUGCACUUGGGAUCAUGGGUUAUGAAUUUAUGCUAGGGAGAAGGCCUUACAAUGGGAGGUCUAGAUAAGAAAUCAGAGAUCAAAUUCUCACCAGACAGGUGCAGAUCAAAAAGUCUGAGGUUCCAAAUGAUUGGUCGAUUGAAGGUGCUGAUUUUAUAAACAAAUUAAUAUAAAGAAAACCAGUAAAUAGACUUGGUUUUAAGGGGCCAGAUGAGGUGAAAAAUCAUCCUUGGCUUAGAAACUUUCCUUGGUAGAAACUUUUGAAUAAGGAAAUCUAAUCUCCAUAUAUCCCAAGUGUAUAAACAAUAUUUUGAUUUAGGAAAUUGAUGACAAUAUUGAAUAUUUAAAUUAAAUUAGUGAGGAUAAUGAAAGCCAAGAUGAUUUGAUCAGGGAAAAUAAACUCUUAUUAAAGAAAAACUCAGUUUAGAAUCUAUUUAGCGGUUAUAGUUAUGAAUAAAAUCUCUCAAAAAAUACAAAGAGCACUUCUAGUACGCUCUUUUUAGGAUGA